AUGGCGGAGUCCCAGGUGGUCCUGCUGGACGAUUCGCACGUCAACGAGAAGGUGACGGAGGCCCAGGCCCGCUUCUACUACAGCGAGGAGCAACGCCGGGCCCUGGAGGUGCUGGUGACCCGAGGCGAGGCAGCCUACAGGGAAAACCUGAGGAAGGAGCAGCUCUGCGACUUCCUCUCCAGCCGGGAGCUGCAGGCGCUGAGGGGCAGCUGGCGGGGCUACGACGACCCCCGGGACAGCGGCAAGGUGUUGCGGGGCCCCGGCGGCGAAGCCCUCUCGCUGGCCUACUGGCCCGAGUGCUCGGACACGGAGGUGCCCCCACUGGACCUGGGCUGGACCGACAAAACCUUCUACCGGGGCAUCAGCCGGGUGGCUCUCUUCACGCAUCCCCGCAAGGAGGAGAACGCACCCCACGUGAAGGAGGUGGUGCGGGAGAUGAUCCAGCAGGCGCAGAAGAUUAUUGCAGUGGCCAUGGAUGUAUUUACAGACCGGGACAUCUUCCGCGAUAUUGUUGAUGCAGCAUAUAAGCGAUGGAUCCCAGUCUAUGUAAUUCUAGAUGAGGACGGUGUGAAGCUCUUCCUGGAAAUGUGCAGAUGCCUUGACCUCAGUGACUUGCAGAUCCGGAACAUCCGCAUACGUUCUGUGACAGGAGUUGGGUUCUACAUGCCAGCAGGGAAGAUCAGAGGCACACUGGCAUCCCGAUUCCUCAUGGUGGAUGGUGAAAAGGUGGCCACUGGAUCAUACAGCUUCACGUGGAGUUCAUCUCAUAUUGACAGAAAUAUCCUGCUAGUCCUGACAGGACAGCAUGUGGAGAUGUUUGACGUUGAGUUUCGUGAGCUCUAUGCCAUCUCCGAGGAAGUUAAUUUAUACAAGGAAUUGGGUAUUGCUAAUCCACACCUUCUGGGAACUGGGAAGCCAGGCUUUCAUUCCUCCACCGUGGCUCGGAAGAUCAUUAACCCCAAGUAUGGCUUAGUGGCAGGGGCAGCCCGUGGUGAUAUGAUGCUCUGGGCUUCACGACACAAGCAGGAUAAUCAGGGGAAUAUGGAAAAGGAAGAAACAAGUGAGUCAAAGAAACGAUUAAAUCAAUUUCUGAAUGACUUAGUCACAUUGGAUCAAGAGCUCCCAGAAAUUGAGCCACCUCUGGAGAACUUGAACAAGCUGAAUCGGAGCCCUCAGAAACUGUUCUCCCGACUCCACAUGGACCUGAAAAAUAAAUCAAAAUCCAGAGAGUCUAUUCGUGAUGUGAAGAAAGAAGAUGCACAGGCCAAUUCAAAGCAAGGAAAACGGUUUUCCAGUGGGCUUUUCAGUCGCAGGGCCAAACGAUCUCCAGGCUCAAGCAUUGAGGCAAAUUCUUUUGCCAGUGAAGGACAUUCAGGAGAAGACCUUGGGAACAUGAAACUGGAAUAUGAGCAGCUCAGCAUUAGCCACGCCAGUGUUCAGAGCGCUGACGGCAUCUCAGGUAACCCAGGUCCAAACUCCACUAUGAGCGAUAAAAACAAACAAUCUACCUGUGUGUUAUCUUGA